UCGGUCUGUGCCAUUACCUCUUCUAAAAGUAAACCCAUGACAAUGGGACCGUCCGAACAAUCAAUGGAUACGCCUAAUCAUACGACUCCGAGUGUUACAAUAUAAAGAAAGCUCUGUGUAGAAAUGAACUGGACAAGGGAUUAUAAAUGAUAAGACUGCAAAGUUACACAGUGAGUUCCAUAUGAAUACUGCUUUGUAUUUGUGAUUUGUUAUUGUAUCAAUGUUAUUGCAGCUGCUUCUUCAUCAUUUCAAAUAAAACCACUGUGUAAAUGAUAAAGCAUGUUCAUGCUGCUGAACUUUAUUUGAUAUCGUACAAACAACACCAUGGCAACGUAUUUCAUAUACAUGUCGGAGCAAUUCAGUGGCAUUAAACACCAGAUUGAUACCUAAGAAGUGUUUAAAGGCUGAAUACAUCCAUCUGGUGGCCAAAGCGGUCAGAAAUAGUGUCGCUUUGUAAAGCAUUUCUAAUGGCUUAUCUUCGGAAAAUGUCUAAGGUAUAUAUGUAUGUUGCACGACUUUCAAAGAAGGUCAUGACCAAAUCAUUCAAAGGAAAGACCGACAAAGGAUACAGAUAAGGCUCACGAUUAUAUCAUUCUGGCUGGCACACCUUCAGGCAUCGUCUUUAUAACAGCUCUGUCAUGGAAAUGGCGAAAAUGAAACUUGUGUUUCUUCUGAUUGUUCUGUAUGCAAAACAUGCCGACGAAGUAUAUAAUAAUGGUCAUCAUUUGAGAUAUUACACAACGAAAAACGCCAUCACCUAUUCAAACAUGGUGUCAGAUGACCAGGCACUGGCAAAUAUUGAGCUGAGACUGAGUUCAUUGGAAUCGUAUAACCGUCGUCUGACGAUUGAAAAUCAGCAAAUCCACAGGACAAAUUUAGACUUGAAACAGGAAAUGCAAAAAGCCAGGGCGGAGACCAAUGAAAUUCAGAAAAACGUUCGACGACUCGAGAUCGAAAACCGCCAUUUUAUACAAGUGGUUGGGAACAUCAAAAAAAAGAUGCAAUUGUUAGUAGAAGAUCAAGAUCAACACAAAUCUACGGCUAGCCAAGAUAUCAGUAGGAACAUUACAAAAUCCAAAGAUAUUGCAUGGACUGCUCAUAGUGAAAAACACGACCUUUCAUACAAUGUUCCAUACAGUGUUCCUAAAUCUGUGAGUAGUUCUAUUCAGCAGGCCGAAGGAAAGCUUUUGAACGACAGAGAUGGAAUACAUAGCGACCCCGAGACAUUUGACCCGGAUGUGAACUUAGUUAAUGAUCUACGAAACAUGCUGGUCCAAAGUGGAAAGAACGAGAGUGGAUUUUCUGUGUUUAUGCCACUUACUGCCAAAAGAGAAAGCAGGAAGAAUGCACGUGUCGCUGAUCCAACCACUGCCGUCGCCUUCCACACAAGGUUAUCAACAGAACUUACUAACCCUGGGGAUGACCAGACAAUCAUCAUGUCGGACGUUCUUACUAACGCAGGUGGGGCGUACGACAGUUCGACCGGGUAUUUCACGUGUCCAGAGUCCGGUGUGUACGUUUUUUUUGUCACAACAUUGGCCUUUCCUAAUAAACACAUAGAAACAAUGCUUCUUAAAAACGGACAUAGAAUUGGUAUGCUUAUUAGUGGCAACUCCGAUACUUGGGGGCCAAGUUCCAAUAUGGUAAUUGUCACCGCCCAAAAAGGAGAUCACGUCUGGGUUAAAGUAAAUGAUCACUACCAUGACACUGGAACAGUCUUACAUCAAGGUUUUACAACCUUUUCUGGUUUUCUCCUUCACUGAAAUUAAAGAAAGAAUUGUAAUAUUGACAUAUGAGUUUUGUUAUUUAUUACAAAAGUACAAUGUAUAAAAAAGAUAUCUGGCCAACGAUCGAUUCAUAUAUGGUUAUGUGUAAUAUCAAAAAGAAUUUAAUUUAUUCUCAAACUGUGAAGUUUCCCUUUCCUGGCAGUCACAUCCCUGUUUUCCCACCUACAUCAUUUGCAUGCUCUAGUUGUAACGCUUUUGAAUUUCGAUUUAUGGGUUUGUUAUGAGUUGGCAUUGUCUUGUCUUUUUUCCUGAAACUGUGUAAGUUUCACAUAUCGAAUGAAACUAUUAUAUCAACCCUAUAUAAAGCUGAGUUUCUCGGCGAGCGAGUCUGAACAGGGUGCCUACUACGUUUGACGAUUUAAAGUGUAUUCUUUCACAUGGGGAAAAUGAUAAACUUAAAGAAUACGACUAAAUUCAAACUGACAGCAAAAUACGACAAUAGUUAGUGUUUUACUGUUAAAAAAACUAUUCGAGCAGCUUUUGUUGGUCUUUUCCCCAUUGCAAUUACGCCGGUUUCAAAUUACGUGGACUAAGAGCCCGGUACGGAUUAACUAAUCCGGCAUGUCUUGGAUUUUGUGAAGGACUCCACCUGGUUCAUAAUACAUGCAAGACAAGGUGCCAAAAGAUAUAUUCUAGCAGAAGGAGACGCCAGAUUGGUAACUACGGGUAGGUUUCUUCAACGUUUUCAGCAGCAGAUGUAUACUUUUGGGUUGAUUAUAUGGGUUUACACGGUGUAAAAUUUCAUAAUUCCUCUCCCUUUCUAUCUACAUGUUGACUUCAUGGUAUAGAGAACACUCACCAGUUGUGAUGGAUGUAUACCAAUAAUGUAGGACCAUUUCAGUCUCAAUGUACGUAACUGUUGAUGCUAUAAUAAAUCUGGAAUUCGUUUUGAAACAGUAACUUACGCUUAUACUCAUGAUACACUGAACACGGUGACGGUUGUUUAUUGAUGUUUUGUAAGUUAGUAUGUUUUCUCUGUUUAGGUACGCCUAUCAAAUUGUACAGGGGAGGGAGAGGGAGAAAGAUGAGUGCAGUACUCCCCCAAAUGGCAUACCAUGUAUUACCUCACCGUGUUCUCCGAGGAUAAAUGGGCAUCUCCCGAAAAAUCAGUGUGAUAGGCAGGACCACUGAACGCUUUGGUAUACUACGACAGGAGAAAUGUCAUUACCGACUACAUGUAAGACAUCCAAGCUGGAGCUCCGGACGGGGUUUGUCACGGUUUGGUAGAGCAAGCAAGAACACAGGAACCACAACACAACUAAAGGUGGAUCAGCCCUGCAAGACUGACCACUCUACACUUCAUGGAUAACAUGUACCUAUCAGGUGACAUCCCCGAUAUCCAAGGGUUACAAUCACAUUUGCUUUCUGCACCCCUGGAAUAUGUCAAAGUAAAAUUGAAGGAUCACUGCUAGCUAUUUGAUUGGUCUCAGGUUAAGAAACAUGACCAAUUGCUAGGAAGAUACAUAUCCUUUGAGGAUUACAAAGUAGUGACAACCGACUUCAAAGCCAGUCUAUUAUACCGUUACGCGACCGCGAGAUUAUUUUGAUGUACAUCAAAAGAUCA